GCUUCACACUUCUCAAUUUACUAAACACACUACUCCAGGAAGGAAAAAAGGGGUCCCACCUUUCUACUUAAUUUUUAUAUUGACGUCUUAAUUCAAAAAUCAGUACUAGCUAUGUCCUCACAACAAGGUGUAAAUGUUUUCCAACUGCCGCUGGAGCAACUCGAGGGGGUUAAGCAACAGUUAGACAGCGAUAUUUCCACACUUGGAACAGCAUACGAUGGACUUUUCAACGGCCGUACGCGCUAUCUUGAGAACUGUGAUGCUAUAGAACAAUAUCGACAAGUUUGUGAAGACUUGAAAACGGUUCAGAAUGGUGGAAACGUACCGGUGCCAGAGAAACAGGAUGUGUUGGUGUGCAUGACCUCUUCUCUAUUCGUCAAAGGGACCGUGAUACCCAGUGAUAAGGUCUUGGUAGAUGUCGGGACAGGUUACUUCCUCGAGAAGUCGAUGGAACAUGCUAAAUCUUAUUUUAACUCGCGAGCCGCGCAGAUCAAGGAGAGCAUGGAUUCGAUCGAAAAGACCAUUUUGGUAAAGCAGAAGCAACAAAAUCAGGUGGUGAAUGCUAUGGAACAGAAGGCACGUGCUAUGCAGCAAUAUCAAGAACAACAUCCAAAUGCAUAGACAGAAGGGGAAAAGGGCAAAAAGUGUUAACUCCUCAUAUAUUACAUCUAUGUUCGUGUCGUGUUUGGUUAUUUCAUGCACUAAUCCAUAAGUAAGGUUGGCAAAGGCAAUAAUUUUUUUUAUAUUUAAACACGGAGUGUAUGCAUCUUUUUUGGUUGUAAACAGUAGAAAUAAGAAGAAUUGUGUAGUACUCGGUUUCCAUCUUACGGCCUGGUACU